AUCUGUCCAUAUAAAUACUUCUCCAUGUACCUCUUAUUCUCAUAACAUUUCUACAAACAAAACCCAAAGUUUCAGAAAAGUAAAAGCUUUUAUAUAAAAUAAUGGCAAUAAAGAGGUCGUCUCAAGCAGCAUCUAUUAAGCAGAUCUUAAAGAGAUGCUCGAGUCUAGGGAAGAAGAAGAACGUCAACGGUUGCUACUAUAAUCAAGAAGAUGAUGGUCUUCCACAAGACGUGCCAAAAGGUCAUUUUCCGGUUUACGUUGGACCAAACCGAAGUCGGUACAUCGUUCCCAUCUCGUGGCUCGAACACUCCGAGUUCCAAACGUUGCUCCGACUAGCCGAGGAAGAGUUUGGUUUUGACCAUAAUAUGGGUCUAAUGUUACCUUGUGAUGAAGUUUUCUUCAGGUCUCUAAUCUCCAUGUUCAGAUAAAAUUUUCAUCCGAAGAAAGAUGACUUAUAGCUUACGAGAUGCAUGAUUGAUUAUUUUUUUUGAGAUGGACAGAAGAAGAAAUCUCUUUAUUAGGAAGAAACCGAAAUUUGAAGUGGAGAGUAAAUCCAAAAACAAGAGACAAAGAAGUCAUCUGAUAAGACUGGUCGAGAUGGCUAACAAGCUUUGUGUUAGGCAUCAACCCGAUCGAUCGGUUUUUUUUUUCUUUUCUUAAAAUUAAAAGUUGUAGUUUUUUUUUAAAUAAUAUUUUGUAAUAGUUGGGGUGGAGUAGGACUCGGGAAACUUUUCCCUCAAGUCAACGUGAAAAGUUGACCGGUGAUCUUGAGAGGAGUAGCUACUUAACUUCUAUAAAUUAGUUAUGAUCAAUUGAAAAAAGUUUAUAUGUUCUUUAUUUGAUCCCCAAAUGUAUAUGAA